AUGGAAAUGCAACUCAUCGGAUACAAGGCGCCGAUUGGCUUUGCCGAUUUUGUUAUAACACUCCUUUUGUCUCAUCUGUGGUUUGCAACUUCAUCGUUCGAUUAUUGCCUUUUGAGAGAAACAAACACAAGAAAAGAUAAAAAAAGAUCAUGGAUGCAAUUACUAAUCGGCAAAUCAGCUCCUUCUAAAAUAGGUUCGCUUGACACGAACUUGCGCCAUAAUAGAUGGCAACAGGUUGAGGUCAUACCUUUAUUUCACACAUUCAUUCUAAGCAUGACGUUCGAGUGCAUUGUCGGAAUUAUGACCGUUCAGCCUGGCGAUGGUUACCUGAUGCAUACUCGUAAUCAUAAGUUGUGA